AUGUUGCAUUAAUUAAGUUUCAAACAAGUUGUUGUCGCAUCAACUAUUUCGAUCACGUAACUCUCAUCUCACGAUUCUCACCAAUCAAAAUUUGAGUAGGCUUGUUGAGCUUCUUGACACGAGGAAACACCAAAACUCUUUCUCUGCUGCACAACAUAAAUACAACACUUGCAUGAUGCGAAUUGCGUAGAUCAAUUGUGGGAUUCUUAGCAGAAAAUCACAUUCGAUUUGUUUUUGGGUUUGCGUAGGAAUUAGUGCAGCGUGUUUAGAGGAGAGUGAUGGCUGCUGUGGACAAAAAUCCGGCCUUGUCUCCGGUGGCGCAUCUUGCGCCGGUGACGACCAAGCGCCCGGUGCGCACAGACCUAGAAACUUCAAUUCCGAAACCCUAUAUGGUGAGAGGAUUGGUUGCUUCUGAUAUGGAACACCCUGAUGGAACUCCGGGGCGUACGCAUCGUGAUAUGAGUGUCCUGCAGCAGCAUGCUGCUUUCUUUGAUCUAGACAGCAACGGUAUCAUUUAUCCAUGGGAAACCUAUGCUGGAUGCCGGAAAAUUGGGUUCAAUGUUGUUUUAUCACUCUUUUUGGGUAUUUUCAUCAAUGUGGUUAUGAGUUAUCCUACACUCCCAGGAUGGCUUCCUUCUCCCUUAUUCCCCAUAUACAUAUCCAAUAUACACAAGGGAAAACACGGAAGUGAUUCUGCAACUUAUGACACGGAAGGAAGAUACUCCCCUGUGAAUUUCGAGAACAUCUUUAGCAAGCAUGCUAAAACAUUUCCGGAUAAGCUUACCUUUAGAGAAGUGUGGAACAUGACUGAAGCCAACAGAAACGCCUUGGACUUCAUUGGAUGGAUUUUGAGUAAGAUGGAAUGGAUUGUCCUCUACAUGCUAGCUAGAGAUCGAGAGGGUUUGCUGUCAAAAGAAGCGGUGAGGCGCUGCUUUGAUGGCAGUUUGUUUGAGUACUUUGCGAGGAUGCAAACUCAGGGUGAAAAAAAGAUGGAGUAAGUCAAAAUGGAGCUGUGGUUAUGUAGUGUUGAAAAUAAUCAAGAGAGCAGAUAUAUGUUAGUCUGCUUAAGAGUAGACGAGAUGUUAUGUUCAGUGAGCCCUUGUAGCUAACAUUUGUCCUGAAGGAAUUUAGGAACUAUGUUUAUUUAUAUAUACGGUAAUGAUUAUUUUCUGAUAUUGUUUAAUUCUAUAUACAAUAGUGCUUACUUUGUCCAA